UUAUAGAUUACAGUCAGUACGACCUAUGGAUCUCGACAUAAAGAAUCUCUCGUGCAAUUUUAACGUCACUCUGGGAUUCACACCCGAAUUCAGUCCUGUCAAAUCGCCCAACGUUCCCCCGGAUGUUAACGAGGAGAAUGUAUUUGGCGAAAAUACCCCAACACCACCGCGCUGCAAAACGCCACCAAAGGGAAUGCUUUUGAAUUGGCCACAGACGAAAAUGAUCAUGGUACUGAAACGCUUUGGACUGAGCCAACACAUCCCUAUAUUUCUUGAACAGGAAGUAGACUUUGACUUAUUUGUAACACUUACGGAUAACGAUUUGAUAGAGAUCGGUAUUGAGUACGAAAGAGAUAGACGCGAUUUGCUGGAGGCAAUAAAGGAAUGCAUUAAUCAUAAAACGUAUUAAUAUUUGAUCUUUUUUAU